AACGCUCUGAAUGCUUUCAUCGCUUUUUUUAUUUCGAUCUGACGCGGGGAAAGGAUCACGAGAACACGCGGCUCGACAAGGCCAACGAGAAAUGACGACAUUCAACGCGCGGGGGUGCUAAUAGGGUGAACAUUGCAAUCUUCAAUAUGUAAUUUGUAUAUGACGUAACAAUGCAGAUAUAUUUACUUAACAAUAUGAUGUACGUUAAUUAGUUCCUUCAAUUUAAAACGAAGUAAGCGAACACGAUAUCAUUUUAUAACCGUUGAUAGGAUUUGUGCAAUCAAGGCAGGGUUGGUUUUAAGGGAUGCAGGUAUAUUGAGAAGUAACCGCUCUGUCGAUGGCCGGUAUUCAGAAUCAUUGCUUAUUUUUAAGCAUUUUUCCUCAAGGCGAUCUUAAAUAUAAGUAACAAUUCUGAAUAUCGGUCUGAGUAAAUUAGCCGGGGCGGAGAGAAGUCGUCAGUAUAAAUUAAAAACGUAUGAAUAUGCCAGAUUAUAAAUUUAAGAAGUGAUAUAACGGUUAGACAAAAAGAAAUACGAAAGAAAGGACGAAACAAAUACAAGAAACAAUAACAUUUAUACUGACGACGAAUAAAAAUAGGGCAUAAUAAUAGGAAAUGAUAAUAAAAAGAAAUUUAAAAAGUAAUUACACAAAAUAGUUAUGAAAUAUGAGGCAACAGUAAUUUACCGAAUAAGAGAUUCGCUUCGUCAUCAUUAUUUUAUCUAUGAUAUGAGAAUGCGUCUAUAUAUGCAAGAUUCUCAAAAGCAUGAUUUCAUUGGACUUUCCCUCUCGUUGGACUUCCUCUGUAAGUUCAGAACUUCCUGACGAUACGAUGAGGAAAAUUUAUAAAAAAAAUCAUCAUUGAUUUUUUAUACAUAUCUAUAGGCAUGAAUAAACCAUAUGUUAAUUAACAUCGCGAUUCAAGAUUAUGUAAAUAGACAUUUUGUUAUCAGUACGAACGCGUGACUCACACGUGUACCUGUUUAAAAUGGGUCAAAGCCGUCGCGGCGAAGGCCUCGCACUUUCGCCCGCUGCAUAUUUUUUUUUUUCCACCUUUUUAACCGGCAUUUCAUGCGUUUCUUUUUUACUCAUUUUAAGGAUUCCACGCGUCUCGAUCGGCGCGAAGUACAGCGACGGGCGCCGAUUGAAAUUCUUUUGCGCGAGCAACGACGUGAAUUUCGCGACGAAGAGAGAGAUUUCGAGACAUAGAAAGAAUACAUAUAUAUAGAGUAGGUAAAACAUACGGUCCCGUGUAUGGUAUAUAUAUAGAAAAAGAGAAAAGAUCACAGUAGAGAUGCUAUCUCUGUUUAAUGAUUUCAAUUCAAGAGAGAUAACGUCGCUACCCUCAUCUGUUCUCUCUCGCUAUCCUGAUCUUUCCUCUCUUUCCGUUUCGAGGUAUGUCGCGCAACAGGAAACGCAACAUCGGCGAACGUUAACUUCGCAUCGAUCGUUCGUUCGAUCACAAGCUGUCACCAUCUGCGGAGUUCACGAUCGAUCCCUCUUUACACCUCGUGUACCUCGAAUAGAACAGCCGGGACAGCAUUUCGGCACAUUUAACAUAAAUUCCUCAUGUGAAUGCUGGCAAACUCGUCCUAAAUGUCGUCAUAUACACAAUGAGCCAACAGGACAAUUCCUCCCAACCACGGAAAAAACUUGCAAAGUGCUCCGUAGCGUCAAGUCACAAGCUUAAACGGAUUUCCUCGACGUCGACUUACAUCGUCGACGAUGACGAAUGCGUGGACCGCGUGAAGAGCACCUCGUUGGAGAACACGAGCACCCUACUUCCCAGAGACCGUCAGAAGGACAUCAGUCGCAUCGAGAAGAGAAUCAACAGAACGACAUCUAGCACCACGUACAGCAGUGGUAGGAAAUUUUGGAAUUGCCACGCGAAGCCUAUGAGUCUUUACGUGCCGGAUGACUCUGUGAUACAAGAAGAGAGCGAAUUGAUCACCACGUUGACGAAACAAUUAUACAAGGUCGAGUCUCAGAUGCAAAAAGUGCAGUCAGAUCUGAGGAGAAGCGACGAACAGUUGAAGGCGAAGGAUCAGGAGAUCCAUCGACUGAAACGAAAGGUGAAGGAUUGGGAGACGAAAAGCAAGACCCAAGAGAUCCAGCGUAAGAAGGAGCAACAGCAACGACGGAUUCAGACCGACCACUCCGAGUACCUAUACAGAAGAUGUCUGAUGCUCGAGCAGAGGAUCAUCGAGAUGGAGAAAUUCUUGUCCGACUACGGUCUAGUCUGGGUCGGCGAUACGAACGGUCCAAAGUGCCCUGAAACGGCGAUCCCCAACAACACCAUCGAGACUUGUUACGAGCAGAUAAUAGCGAGCAUCGACCAGCUGAACCUGGCCGCGGGAAAGGGCGAAGUUCACGUACAGCACAACGAGAGAGGGAACGGAGCUUCGUUCAAAACCCCCUCUUGCAUGUCAUUAAAAUUCUACAAAAAUGGAAUGAUAGUUCAAGACGGACCGUUAAGGCCCUACGAAGACCCGGCUACGGUAUCGUUUCUUCGCGAUAUUUUGGACGGCUAUUUCCCAUCUGAGUUGCAAGAGGCCUACCCGGAGGGAGUACCCUUCAAGGUAGAGGAUCACAGGAACAGAGUGUUCUUGAACCCUGCCGAUUUUCCUGGUCAAGGUUACCGAUUGGGAAAGUACCAGCACGCGGCUGAUACCGCGCAGCUGACGUCUAGACCUCGCAGGCCAAUGACCAUACAAAGAGCGGCCCGGCGCAGCUCACUGUCAAAAGACAAUCUGUCCGCUUACGAUUUCUCCUCGCCGUUGAUGCCUGCCACGGCCAGGUCGCAGAAAACGAAAAGCCCUUCGGAAGCUCCGCCGAUGGAGAUGUACGUCCUCCGCUCUCAGAUCCUCGCGUCGCACAAUAAUAUUUGUUCCGACACGCACCUGCAAUCACAUAUCAACGCUGAGCUAGGCUUGAGCAGUCGGAAGGAUAAGCGAGACAUGGCUAUAAGAAGCUCCGACUUUGAGACCUCGACGCGUGACAGUACUAUAAAAUCCAAAGGCGUCAUGAGAUUCCCCAGCUCCGGCAGAUGUUACCACAGUUCCACUGACAGAUCGUCUAAACUGUCGCCAAAUCGAUUAGAGAAUCCCGAGGAUCGUAUAAGGCAGCGCGCGAGAUCGGCUAGCUUACCGAAUUCACGGUUGUCCAUAACGUCGAGAUCGAUACCGCGGACGAACGUAGAAAGUCCGCUAUUCCCGACUUCCCAAUCGCAACCGAGUACGACGAAGAAGAGCCAACGUUCCACGAAAUCAGCCGCGCCAGUCAGAAAGAAUGCACCUCCGAUUUUGCAUCAGAUCAAUGAACCUAGCGGAAGAGCGGGCGAGCUACGGCUGAAGGUCAGGUCUCUAAACGGUGGUACCGUCUAUUUGGUUCACGUAUCCGCCGACGAGCCGAUAGCCCGACUUUACCAGUUGCUAGACAGAGCCAUGGCGAGGUCCGUCCCACGGGGAUACAAAAUUGUUCUCAGCGGUUACUCACCGAGGAGACUGGAACAGCUGGGCACGACCUUACGGGAAAUCGGCGUCACCAGGGACAGCGUUUUGCAUUUAGUGAACGACUGAUUUACCCGAACGAUUCGCAGCAUCCUUCCGCGUUUUUUUGUUAUUAAAAAAAAAAAUUGUAAAAACAAUCUCGUGGGAAAUACAUAAUAACGAACUGAA